AAUAUAUAUUUGGUCCUCACUUUACGUCGUUUCUUUUUCCAUCUUCACUAGGGUUAGGGUUCUCAGAUUUUCGGCGGAAAGGGCUCUCUUCAGCAGACACACCCCCUCGGAAACCCUAACAAUGGCGGCACCAAUCGAGUCGGUGCAGUGCUUCGGCCGCAAGAAGACGGCGGUGGCCGUCACCUACUGUAAGCGCGGCCGCGGCCUCAUCAAGAUCAACGGCGUCCCGAUCGAGCUGGUGGAGCCUGAGAUCCUCCGGUUCAAGGCCUACGAGCCGAUCCUCCUCCUCGGCCGCCACCGCUUCGCUGGGGUCGACAUGAGGAUCAGAGUGAAGGGAGGAGGGCACACCUCGCAGAUCUACGCCAUUAGGCAGAGCAUCGCCAAGGCCCUCGUCGCCUUCUACCAGAAGUACGUUGACGAGCAGAGCAAGAAGGAGAUCAAGGACAUCUUGGUCAGGUACGAUCGGACUCUUCUCGUGGCUGACCCUAGGAGAUGCGAGCCCAAGAAGUUCGGCGGACGUGGUGCCCGCGCCAGGUUCCAGAAGAGUUACCGUUGAUCAAGAUACCAACCCACAAGUGGGCAGGUCUUGCCUUGUCAUUUUUCUUUCCUAUUUAUGUUAUGAGUUGUUGCUUUCGAUGGUAAGGAUGCUUAGUUUGAUGGGAUGUCGUAAUAUUGCAAUUUUGAUUAGCCUUUGGAGAGACGCCAUAUGUUUCUGUUAUGUUAGUUACAAAGUUGGAAGUAAAUGCAGUUUAAGCAAUUUGCAUAUCUUAAUGGCAAAUACUGCAUCAUACAUUUCUUAA